CUUUAAAAUAAUAAAAUGGAUGUAGAAGAAGAUAUAGAAGAUUUAAAAGACGGCAUUUUAGAUGUAGAAGAAGAUGUAGAAGACUUAAAAGACGGCAUUUUAGAUGUACAAGAAGAUGUAGAAGAUUUAAAAGAUGGCAUUUUAGAUGUAGAAGAAGAUAUAGAAGAUGUAAAGGACAGAAAAGUGGAAGAAGCGAUAUUGAAUAGACGGAUGAAAUUAUUAGAGAAUCAGAAUAGAUGGAUUAUACCCGAAUGUCAAUGGUAUGACAUAAGUAGAGGAAUUCUGACCCCAGAUGAGAAUUUAAGAGAAAGACAGUUAGCAGCUUUAUUUAUUCAGGAUAUGGGUGAAGAAUUGAAAUAUACCCAAUUGUGCAUCAACACUGCGAUCGUAUACAUGCAUCGCUUCUACGUGUUCCACUCGUUCACUCAUUUUCAUCGUAAUGCAAUGGCUGCUGCUGCGCUGUUUCUAGCAGCCAAGGUGGAGGAGCAGCCACGGAAGUUGGAGCAUGUGAUCAGGGUGGCACAGAUUUGUCUGCACCGGGAGCUGCCCCCACUUGACACUAAAUCAGAGCACUACAUGGAGCAGGCGCAGGACUUAGUGAUCAAUGAGAAUGUCCUGCUGCAGACCUUGGGCUUUGAUGUGGCCAUCGACCACCCACACACCCAUGUUGUACGCUGUUGCCAUCUGGUUAAAGCCAGUAAAGAUCUUGCACAAACUUCUUACUUCAUGGCCUCCAACAGCUUACAUUUAACUACAAUGUGUCUCCAGUACAAGCCUACAGUUGUGGCCUGCUUCUGUAUACAUUUAGCAUGCAAAUGGUCCAACUGGGAGAUUCCACUGAGCAAUGAAAGCAAGAGCUGGUUCUGGUAUGUGGACAGAAGCGUUACUCAAGAACUUCUAGAACAGCUUACUGACGAGUUUCUUCGCAUUUUCGACAAGUGUCCUUCUCGUUUGAAGCGAAAAAUCUCAGCCAACCAGAACAUGACUGGAUACCACAUUGGAGUGAAUGAGCUGGCCCAGAAGAGAGCUUUGCCAGGUCCAGGAGCAGACCCACAGCACGCUAGUUUCCAGCAACCAGUUGCAUGCAACCGCAACGCAGCUGAAGACAACAGGAAGAAAGUGGCGGACAACAGCUUGCUGGCACCAAACUUCCGCCCUAUGCCUGUCCCUGAUUACAAGAAGCAGCCUGCUGUUCAUACGGGUUCCAGAGAGGCUGGAUACGGAGGAGCAUUCCACAUGAUGCCUAAUGCCACGCAGACAAGCAACAAUCACCAGUCCACGAAUGCACAGUUCCUUUACCCUCCGCAGAAUCCCUCAUUCCCCGUGCAGGGUCCGACUUCCACAGCUACAAACAAUAGACUACCCAGCCCAUCAAUGGCUAAACACAUGGUCAGACCAGAGGCCAUGUUUCCUCCACCAAAACGAAGCAACCAAGCCGCUUCUGCAACUGUGACUUCUAGACAGGUGAAACAAGAGAUGUCAUCUUCUAUUCAGCAGCCUCCGAAAGUCUCUCACUCUCAUGGGCAUCACUUGUCUCGAAAUGGUACAAACUACCCUCCAGAGACGAGUGUAUCUCAAACCAUAAAACUUGAAAAUAAGUAUGCAGUGCCAAUGGACAAACCUAUGUCUAUGUUGGUCAAUAGCCACAAAUCUCAGAAAACAUUUGACAACUCAAGAGGAAACCAGAUGAGUGGUAGUUGGGGCAGUACAACUGACGUCCCUAGUAGAAGUGGAGGCAGUGAUACCAGAUACAGUAAAACAGAAAUGAAAACCGAUGGACAUAAUACUACUUCAAGUUACCAUAUGCAAAUGGCACAUCCCAUUCCCAUCCAAUCUAUUGGACAGCAAUCACUGUCUCCUCACUUACCUCCUCCUCCUCCGCCACCACCACUUCCACCCCCACUCCCUCCACCACCACCUCCCCCACCACCCGCUAUUCCUCUACCUCCAACUAAACCUCCAUCUAUAUUUAGCCCGGACAAAAUGACUCCACCUCUUCCUACAUCUCCUCCAAAAGACAUAAAACCUACAAUUUUGAGUCCGUUACUUUUAUCGCCAAUCAAAUCCGGUCGCAAUCGAACUUGUAGUUCCAGCUCUGAACCUGAGCUCAUACCUGUGAUGCCUAAGGUGGAAGAAAUGCUAGGUUUCGAGAGCCUUGCCAAAGGGAAAACAGCAAUAAAACUUCCAGGGAAAGUAAAUGAUCAAGCGCAGCAACCCAAAGAAAAGCGAAAGGAUGUACCAGCAACUUCUGUAAGUAAGGACAUGAAGUCAUCGGAUAGCAACCACAGUUUCCAGUCCCUCGGCACUGUGGACAGUAAGGUAGCUGCAGAAGCUCAACCUCUGGAGAUGACUGAAGUGGCUAGUUCCAGCAAACGGGAGCACAAAAAGAAGAAAAAGCAUAAGGAACAUCGAGAACACAAAGAUAAAGAUAGGGAAAGGGAUAAAGAAAAAAAGAAGGAUAAACACAAGGAUAAACACCGUGAAAAGGAUAAAGACAAACACCGAGGAGAUCCUGCACCUAUUAAAAUAACCAUACCUAAAGAUAAAAUCAACAAAAUUAUGCAGGAGAAAUUUCAACCUCAUGCUCAACCUGCACCAGAACCCAGUGCAUGUUUGAAAAUAAAGAUCCCAAGGGAUAAAUUGUUAAAGCCGCAUGUGGAAGUAAAAACUCCAAGCAGCCUAAAAAUAAAAAUAAGCAAGGAUGCUAUAUCUUCACAUUCGUCUUCUAAAGUGUCUUCUAGUAGUUCAUCGAAGAAAAGAGAAAGAAGUUCUCACAGGGAUGACGAUGACAAGUAUAGUCACACGAGCAAACAUUCAAAGCAAUCCAAGACCAAUGGGGACUACAGGUCCAAUGAGUGAGUGUUCCUAUGCUGUUGGCUCUAUUGAGGGAGAUUUAUUCUUCAAUGGUGUCAAGAACGAAAUGAAGACUGUAAUUUAUAUUUAGUUAGAAAACUAGCUAAUUUUAAUUAAUUUAGUACAAUACAUAAAUUGAGCCAGUUGAGGUAUCAAACCGAUUCUUUAAUUUUAACAUGCAUUUGUAUUUCCUUGUGCUCUCUUUUUAAUCAAUAAAUUACAUUUGUUUCUAUUUUAAACUUUUAAAUUUAUUAACUGUUAUCAAGUCAUUUAAAUUUAUUAACUGUUAUCAAGUGAUUCAUUUUGACAUGACGUUUCUUAUAAUUAGUUUGGUCUGUGUUGUUUUAAUAUCCUUCAAAAUAACUACCGUAACUGAAAUUUUCUACUCAAUAUCACUGGAUGGUAUAGUGGUUAGAUUUUAACAUGCUGUUAAGGGCUCAUACAUUAGAUAUCGAACCAACCGUCCACUAAGUAAUAGAUAUAGGCUAAGAAUCUCAUUUCCUAGAUAAAUUUGUACAUUGUAUAUAAAACUAUAGGUAAUGAGUAAAUAGUAGAAAUACUUUUUACUUUGUAUAUAGUAUACAUACUAUAUAAAUGUUAAAUUGUAUAGUGUAACUGUACAAAUAUUUAUUUGGACUUUUUUACUUGUGUUGUACAACAGAAAACUAAAUUCAACCACUAGUAUUUUACAAAUGUAUAGAAUAUAAUUUGCAACUCAUUCCAUUCCAUGUUGGUAUAUCUUUUCAAUAAACAGUUACAGUGGAACGUUGAUUUUUGAACUGUGAGGUGCCAUUGAAUCUCGACAAACUCAUAUAACAAAAUUUUCAUAAGAGCGUUUAAAAAAUUAACAAAUUUGUAUGAUAACUUAAUAUUAGAAACAAAAGUAAAUAUUCUUAAUACAACAUAUUUGAUGUCCAGUAUUAAUAUACUGUAACAAAGAAAUAAAUUUGAAUUUUAUGUAAUAAGAAAAUCAUUACUUGUAUAGGUCACAUCCAUUGACCUUGACAGAUGUGUCACGACAGUGGCAAGGCAAGGCAUAGACUUAUCAGAUCCCUACUCGGUACGGACACAGGGACUCAGCUACAGUAUAAGACGAUGAAUUGUAAUGCUACUGUUUCUAUUUCUAAGAAUCUUGGUUUAUAAAUAUGUGUGAUGGUAAAAAAAUAUCAAAAUUUGAAUUAACAACUCAUUUUAACAUUAACAAUAUCGAAUUAAAAAUGUUCAGAUUAUCGACGUUCAACUGUACAUGAUUUAGUUGUCAAAAAUAUUCCUAUUACAUUUGGCUUGGCUCUUUUAAAUUUAUAUGAAUCGUUGUAGGAAAAACCUUUCGAAAAACUCUCUGUAUAAAAAACACAUUAUUCUUAUUUGGUAUAAAUCUUUUAGACAUUGUUUUGAAAAUAUAAAAAUAGCAAAUACCAACUGUAAAGAAGGAAAGAUACAAUAAAUACACAUACUAAAAAAAACCUAUUUUUAACUGCUAUAUAUGUUAAAAAUGUAUUGUAUAAGUUAAAAAAAGUCAAAGUCAUAUUUAUUUGACUCUGCUUGUGCAACAUAACCCCAAAUUCGACCAUUAGUAUUCUUGCUAGUGUAUGGAAUACCUGUUGAAUAUUAUUCAACUCCAUGCUGUUACCGCUUUUUAGAAAACAAGUAUAUGAUUUUUAUUGAAAAGAAUUCCUAAUCAAUUUGACUUGGCUCUGUUAUGUAUGACUCUUUGUAUGAAACCCCUUUCAGGUAUGGCUUUGAUUGAAUAUAAAAAUUGCCAAACUUAAACUUGUACUUAAGUUCAUGUACCAUGAACAAUUGCAAACACCAACUGUGAAGAAGGAAAAUGCAAUAACUUAUGUAUGCUAUCUCUCAAGAAGAGACUAUACCUUUUGUCUGAUAUAUUGACUGCUAAUCCUGUUUUACUUGUAUCUUUUACCGUGUUAUGGAUUAAGUGUAUUCUUGUUUGUGUUCAUUGUAACGUCUGUACUACAUUAAGUGAUUAGUUCCAAUCAAUAGAUGGUGGAAUAGAUGGUGGAAUCAAUAGGUGGGUGGUUUCUCUCAUUGAGAAAAUUUUAAGAGAAGGAUUUGAACAAGAAGUUUUCUUUCACUGUUUAAAAUUAAAUAUAAUGUGUCCAAAUUUCCUACCUCAUCAUUUGAAUGUCACUUGUUUUAUAAAAAGCUUUUUCACCUAUUUGAUCAAAUAAUACAUAUAAUUUUAAAAUGUCAUUGAUGUAGUAUCUAACUGAAUAUAGCAGUUAAACACACACGUUACGUAGGUUACUCGCAUGCCUUUAUUACAUCAUCUAUUGGUUGGAAAAAUCUGCAUAACCACAGUCUUACAGUGGUUAGUGAUCUUGUAUGUUUGGUUGUUUUGUACAACAUCACAACUUGAUUUGAAUUAAAUAUUGUAAGCAAAACAUGGUAUUGCAUAUAUAUAAAGCAUAAAAAGAAUAUAAAAAUUAUUGCAAUGCUUAUUGUUAAACUUAGUAAUAUGUGUACUUUUUUUAGUUUUUAUCACAAGUUUCUACAAUGAAAAAAGCCAUGAGCAUUGAAUGGUGUUGCGAUGUAAUUGCUACAUUUUAUGAAUAAGAAUUCAUAACUACUAUAUUAUUAUUCAUCAUUAAUGUAUUUUAUCGUAUCUAUUAUAUUUAUACUCUUAAAUACUAGUAUUGAAAACUUUGGGCCAAGUCAGACCUCCAUCUUUACAUUGUCAACUUGUUAUAUAUAAGUUUUGUCGUUCUUGGUUUAACUGCAGGUAACACUCAUAAGUGAGUGUUUCCAUGCAUAAUACCACCGUCUGAUUUUGGAAAAUAGUUAUAAAUAACUUAAAACUUCGUUUUUGUUACAAUGUUCUUUGUAUAAAAUAAAAGUGUUUUGUCAAAACACA